AUGGCGGGACAGGUUAUUCUCAUCAGACACGGCCACGGUCUCCAUAACGUUAACGACGACGUCAGCAUUCCCGACCCGAGAUUGACUCUUAGGGGUGAAAGACAGUCGGUGCAACUUGGCCAAAACAUUGCACCCCUCGGCACUGAUACAAUUGGAACUAUACUCACAUCUCCCUUGAGGCGAUCGAUACAUACUACGCUCUUGGCCUUCAUUGAUGUGAUCGACGAAGGUUUCUAUCUCAAAGGUGAAGGCGGUAUAGUUGGGGGAGCAGAUCUAGUCCUGGAUCCGUACCUUCAAGAAGUUGGCGACCAGCCCUGCAAUACCGGAUCAGCCGUCGUAAACUUGAAAAAUGAAUGGCUGAAUCUGGAUUUCUCUACUCUUAAAGAAACCCCGUGGCCGCUUAAGAAAGACCUGUUUUCACCCGCUAAUCGUAAGGCGAGGGCACAGAAAGUUCUAGGUGAUGUAAAGAGGAGAAUUGAUGUGCUGGCGCAAGUACCAAGCAACAUGAGAAAGGACGUUAUUGUUGUUACACAUGGCGGUUUUAUUCAAGAUUUGACAGACGAUGAAAGUUUUAGCCUUGAGUUUGCUAGCUCAAAAGGCUGUACAAUCAUGAAGAAGCAAGGAGGACAGCUGAUACUAAAGUAA